AUGGAUUACCUUACUCAUCUGUUAAUUUCUUUUGUGUUCUUGGCAAGCAUUCAUAUCCUCAUCUCCAUCUUAGGAAGAAAAAACAUCAAAUCUCGAAAACAAGCACCAGGGCCUCGCCCUUUUCCUAUAAUUGGAAACAUCUUGCAACUUGGUAGUCAACCUCACCAGUCACUUGCUAAGCUUUCUCAAACCUAUGGACCUAUAAUGAGUCUCAAGUUAGGGAACAUAACCACCAUAGUGAUUUCCUCUCCCCAAAUAGCCAAAGAAGUAUUACAUAAACAUGAUCAAAUCUUCUCUAGCAGGACAGUCCCAGAUUCUGUCAGAGCACUUGACCACCACACAUUUUCAGUGGCAUGGCUACCUCCUUCACCUCAAUGGAGGACCCUGAGGAAAGUUUGUGCCACUAAAGUGUUCUCUUCCCAGAAACUUGAUUCUACAAAAAUUCUACGUCAAAGGAAGGUGCAAGAACUGCUGGAUUAUGUAAAGGAAAGCUGCAAGAAAGGUGAAGCUUUGAAUAUUGGUGAGGCUUCCUUUGUGACCGUGCUUAAUUCCAUAUCAAACACUUUCUUCUCUAUGGAUUUGGCUCAUUUCACUUCUGAUAAGUCUCGUGAGUUCAUGGACAUUAUUUGGGGUAUCAUGGAAGAUGCUGGAAGGCCUAAUGUUGUUGACUUUUUCCCAAUCCUUCGCCUGCUUGAUCCACAAGGUGUGCGAGCCAAAAUGAACGGUUACUUGGGGAAGUUAGUUGCGUUUUUUGAUGGUCUUAUAGAAGAAAGGUUGCGCUUAAGAGCUUCAGAAAAUGAAUCCAAGGCAUGCGAUGAUGUGUUAGAUUCUGUGUUGGAAGUCAUGCUAGAAGAGAAUUCGCAAUUGAGCCGCCCUCAUGUGUUGCAUUUAUUUAUGGAUUUAUUUGUGGCUGGAAUAGACACAACAACAAGUACAAUAGAAUGGGGGAUGGCCGAGUUGCUACACAACCCAGAAAAACUAGAAAAAGUUAGAAAAGAGCUUCAACAUGUACUUGCCAAAGGUGAACAACUUGAAGAAUCACAUAUCUUAAAGCUUCCUUUCCUACAAGCAGUUGUGAAGGAAACUCUACGUUUGCAUCCACCAGGCCCAUUCUUAGUGCCACACAAGUCAGAAGUUGAUGUUGAACUAUGGGGCUACAUGGUGCCUAAAAGUGCACAAAUUCUGGUUAAUGUAUGGGCCUUAGGGAGAGAUUCAAGUAUUUGGACAAACCCAAAUGAAUUUAUGCCUGAAAGAUUCUUGGAGAGUAACAUUGAUUUUAAAGGCCAAGAUUUUGAGUUGAUUCCCUUUGGAGCUGGAAGAAGGAUAUGCCCUGGAUUGCCAUUAGCCUUUAGGUCCGUGCACAUUGUGUUGGGCUCUCUUCUAUAUGGCUAUGAUUGGAAGCUCGCGGAUGGGUUAAAGGCAAAGGACAUGGAUAUGUCUGAGAAAUAUGGGUUGUCCUUGCAUAAGUUCAAACCUCUUAAAAUCAUUCCCAUAAACGCAUAA